AUGGCACAACAAUCCUCUUCUGAACCUUCAUUGAGCAAUCUCAUCCGUCUCGCACCACUCCACAUCACCGACCUGCCAUAUCAUCCGGAUCUCCCGGGUUCUGGCACCAACAAUGCCAAUUUACAAUCGGCACCCCAAACAGGGCCAGGAACCCCUGACCAGAGAUCUCAAUAUCUUUCAACAUUCCUAACCCAACUCCUCUCCGACGGCACCUCAUUCUUAUCCCCAUCCAUCUUUUCCCGCCGAUUCAAGCACCACUCCACCAAAAAGUCUCCACCGGCAUCAUCGCCUGUCGAAGUUUUGGACUGGUCGGUGUCCGCGUCAACCAUUUACAAAGAGGUACAGUGGUCGGCAUCUGCACCGCCAUCUUCCGAUACAGCACCGACAUCUUCCAGUACGCGGCAAGUUUCACGAUCCACACCCUCCUCUUCGACACUAAGUUCAGAAUACUGGCUCGCCCGCCGUAGCGUCCACAAAGAUAUAUCGAGCAAAAGCACCACCCGCGCAGGUCAUGCGUCGUGGCCGGAAUUUGUGUUUGGACUAAGGGAUAACCACAGCAAAAAUGAAUGCGAGUUUACGCCUUCCUUGUAUGAUGCGAGGUGUGUGGUGGAAUGGCCCAAGGAGGAGUUGAGGAAGGUCAUGGAAGGCGGAUUGUCGUGCAGAUAUUCGAAUGUUACUAUGGGUAUUUACGAAAUGUGUCAUGCUAUACCAGCGCCUUUGAGGCCGAGAUGUUUUUGUGUUUUGGUGGUUACGGGGAGUGUUGUCAAGAAUAAACCCAAGAGUAAGACCAAUGGUGUUGGUUCGAACGGAGUGGAUGGGAAGGAUACGGACGCGGAUGACGAUGAUGGUUGUGGUGAAGAUUCUUUCGUCGCGGUUACUGUCCCUGUUGAUUUGACACUCACUCGUUUUGCCUCUGCCUCUGGUACUGGUUCUGGUACUGGUGCUAGUGCCCCUGGUGCUACUUUUCCUCCCAACGCAUUCUACAGCUCAGGUCGCAAUGUGCGUGAAGGAGUGACGCCACAACAGCGGAAGCGGGUCGUUAUGGGCGUUUAUGCUGCUGUUGAGAUGGUUACGAGGAGGCGUGGGCGUGGACGCGGCGGGGUGGGUGUGGGUAGGGGUGGAGGCGGAGGCAAGGUUACGGGCGACGCUGAGGGUGGGAGCCAGGGUAAGAGUAAAAGUGAGGGUGAGGGUAAAAGUAAGGGUAAAAGAGAGGGUGACAGUAAGGCUGAAGGUGAGACUGUCGGUCAAAUCGAAUGGGUCAUGGCGACGACCAGUGAUGCCAAGGGCGUUUUACCCAUUUGGUUGCAGAGAAUGAGUGUUCCGGCUGCGGUGGCCAAGGAUGUUGGCUACUUUAUUAGAUGGAUUCGAGGGGUUGAUGAUUCUAGGAUCAAAGAGCAGCUUGGAGGUCGAGGUUGA